AUUUUUUGUUGGUUCCGUGAGCAUCUACAAUCCUGGAAUGAGAUAAAUUUAAUAAAAUUUUUCGGUAUUCGUUGGACAAAAUGCCACUGGAGGAAAUGUUUGAUUGCUACGUAGAUAGGGCUAUUCAAACUGUCUUUAAAUCUCUCCUGUCGGUAUUUUGUCCCAGAGUAUCGAAUUUUCCACCAAUUAAAAAGUUAAAUAAAAGGUACUGUCUAGAAAUAAAAAGUCCUUGGAUUUUACAACACCACAUUUUACUAGAGAUUUGUAACUGAACGCAUUGUAUUUAAAAAUUCGCGGUACAGUACAUGUCAACAAACAUGGCGGUCGAAAAGCUGUACGAAAGUGAUAAUUAUUUGGUGGUUAAUAAACCAUUUGAUAUGUAUAUUAACUCGGACGAUGAGUAUGAAAAGAACACAGUGACGUACCACAUCGCGUCCCCUGACUCGCACCUCUCGUCCUCUCUAUACCCGCUGCACUUCGUCCAGCGACUAGACUACGCGACUAGUGGCGUCCUCUGCAUAGCCAAGAACAAGUCUUCGGCCGCGAGGGCCGGCCAGCUGUUCGAGAAGAGGCUGACGAAGAAAUAUUAUCUCGCUGUCGUUCGGGAACAUGUGACUUUUGAAGUCGCUGAUAUUGAGUUUGAUGUUGGUGUAGACCAGUCGACGGCGGACUCGAGCCACCGCAUGUCGGCGCUGACGACGAGCGAGGCGUCGGCCAAGUGUCUCCAGUCGCGACACGCACACACGCGCGCCCUCCGCCUCGAGCUCGGAUACUACGAGAACUGUCCUGUCUCCGUUUUGCUGUUGAAACCUAUCACAGGACGUCGACACCAGCUGCGCGUGCACUGCAGCGCGAUAGGGCACACCAUACUCGGCGACUACACUUACAGCGGCUCCAGAGACAGCAUGCCGCAUCGGAUGUUUCUGCACGCUACUAGGCUGGUGUUACCCCUACAGCAGGAGUCCCUGGACAUCCAGACGACGGAGCCGUUCUUCUCGGACCCCAGGUUCAGUGCCAAGUGGAAGCCAGAGAAGUCGUACUAUAAGUACCGGAAGCAGGAAGACUUCAACGCUGUGUGCGAAAUACUAGACAAAUCCUACGUUAUCGGUGUGCAGUAUAAGAUGUUUAAGAUGUAAUCAUAAAAUUUGACAAACUUA